CCCCUCUCCAUCCUGGCGGGGGCACUUUGAGGGGUGGGCUGGGCAGAUAUCGGACCUCUACACCACCACCAGCGUCUGAAGGUUCGACCGACGGGCCUGGCGCAACCCUGACGACCAGGUCGGCUGUCGGGUCCUCGCCGGAAGAGCCAGAUCUCGUAGCCGCACGCCAGCCUGGACGGCCGGGCGAGCAAGGAGGGCGGUGCGUUAGGUGGGCAUCACGCGUCGUACACGCUCGGGAAGCGGGAUGCGCCCAGUGACGCUGGACUGCUGUGCUCUGGGCCGUGCCGGCCCCGUUCCCAGCCCUCGUCUCCCUGCCCUCGGCAGCUGUCCCGGGACAGCCAUUCCCGGGAGAGCCCCGGCCCACCCCGGCAAGCAAACGUCGGUUCUCCUUCCCCCGCGAGAGACGGCAAGUUCUUAUGGUCAGGAGAGGGUUCUCUCUGGUUGCUCCUUCAAUUCCAUAACCGUCUUUUACUUUUCGUUUUUCUUUGUACCUUCUGAAUCCUGGUGGGUUUGAACAAGAGAGACUUUUUGGUUUGAAAUUCUCUUCACUUAGUUUUUUUAGUGUUGAAGCAACAAAGUAUUUACUGAUGAUCCUCCUCGAAAUCCAUUUCACGAGACAUGGUCCUGUCUUUAUGAUGCUUUGGCUCAGCAGGGACUCAACCUGUAUGAGCAGGCAGCUCUUGGCUUGAGGUAUUUGUCCAUGUAAAGCAGGAUUAAAAUUGUAUGUUUAAAAAAAAAUGUAAGUAGUCCUCAUGCUUUUGUGCAGUGCCUUUAGACGUUCCACUUUCUAUAAAGUCUUCAAAAAAAGUUUGCAUAUAUAUUAUAUAUAUGAUGUAAUGUUAUAGAAAUAUAUGUAUAAUAUACAUAUUUUUUCCAGGGGUAUCUGAUAGCUCUGUAUUUUGUUAUGGAAGUUGAUAUGAAAAGUAUUUUACCUCAAAUUUAAAAAGUUAAAUAAACCUUUUAAAGAAGCCUCUGGGAAUGCCCUCUGUAUCUUGCUUUUGCCGACUCGCUGGUAUCCCGGGAUGGGCUCACUGGUUGCUGCGGGACACGGGCACCGUGGCCGGGGACGUCCCCGUCCGGGUCGCAAGCACACGUGAUGGCUGGACUCUCCCUCUGCAGGAAUGGCGUGAAGCGGCCCGGGUCCCGUCCGGGCAGGACAGAGGAGUUCUCGGCACGCCUGACCUGCCGCAGUGGCCCUCCAAUGCCACGGAGGAAGAGGAGGCAGAGGAGAGGGAAGCCCUGGGCCCACAGAAGCAGCCCCGCCGGAGGAGCAGAGCGAGGAUGGCGCUGUCGAUCCGCCGGAUUGCCCCCUUCCGCGCGUAUCGAUCAGGUCACCCUCCGACCUUCAAAUGCGCGGAGGCAACAGUUCUUCCCCCUCUCGCUAUCGCUCCGUCCGGCUCACCUGCUCUCGGGACCCGCAGAGCUUCCCGCCUGGAAGUUACUUUCGGAGCCUUGCACCUUGGGCAACAGGUCUCACCUUCCCGGACUGGGCCUACAAGGCCGAAUCCAGCCCGGGCUCCCGCCAGAUCCAGCUCUGGCACUUCAUCCUGGAGCUGCUGCAGAAGGAGGAGUUCCGGCACGUCAUCGCCUGGCAGCAGGGCGAGUACGGGGAGUUCGUCAUCAAGGACCCCGACGAGGUGGCCCGGCUGUGGGGCAGGAGGAAGUGCAAGCCCCAGAUGAACUACGACAAGCUGAGCCGGGCCCUCAGGUAUUACUACAGCAAGCGCAUCCUCCACAAGACCCGGGGCAAAAGGUUCACCUACCAGUUCAACUUCAGCAAGCUGGUCUUCCUCAGCUGCCCCUUCCUGGGCAGCGCGUCCCCGUCCUGGCCCCUGUUGAUGGGGGCGGCUGGACCGCGCCGGCCCCCUGGAGCAGCCACGGAUGCACCAAGAGAGCUUUUGCAGAGCUUGGAGACUGCCAGAAGGCCCCCUGCUGAGCACCCGGCCUUCUCCAGGGGCAGCCAGGACCUGAUCCACACAGAAGGCCUCCGGAGCAAGAUCCUAGCAGGGAGUCGUGGCUGUCUUGGGUCCAUUCCCGCUCCGGGUCUCUUCAGUCCGUGCUGCCACGUCGGAACCCAGGAUGGACUCCCCCCCCUGGCCGCUCUCCCGUCUGCCCUUCCUCACCCAGCUUUCGCUUCCCGUUCUGGCCCGCACAUUUGCCCACUGCCCCAGUUCCCGCUUUUGCAUCCGCCCUGCUUCCCUGGCCACGUGUUCCCCCGAAGCCAAGCCCUUGUGCCCCUGGAUGAAAGGGCUGUGCUGCCGAGCCGGGCUGGCAUUCCUAGACCUGAACACCUCCUGAUGGGCAUGGAUUCUUCCCGUGGGAAGCAGGGAGGACCGCCCCCUGGACACCCAGCCCUGGCACAGGGCCACAGGAGCGCGGCUAGGCAGAUGACAGUCCUUCCCGUUUCGCACUUGCCCCCUUGGGAAGGCGAUGCGCUUGGUGCGGCCUGCCCUGGGCUGGGCCCUGAGCCAGAGCGGCCGGUCAGGCCCCUCAGCAAAGUCCGGCUGUGGCCAAGCGCCCUCACGGCAGGAGAAGAGCUGCGUCGCGCCCCAUGGCUGAGCGGUGGCCUCCCACCGUGUUCCCAGCUUUAGGCCGACGGCCGACUCAAGGCCCCGCGGCACCGAGGCCCUCUGGGCGCGUAGCGUGGCUGCCCCCUGCAAGAGCCGGCCCCCGACGGGCCGCACAGCCUCUUCUGGUAGCACUGGGACCCCUCCACUAGAAACACUGCUAGCAAUAAGAAACACCUAUUUUCCACAAUUUGAGGGGGGAAUUGCAUUAGCC